CCUCAUGGAAACAUUAACAUUAAAUGGGACGUUAUGUCGUGGACGCCGGAUGGUUACGUGGUGAGAAUCGCUGUUCCAAAGGCAUGUGACUGAAUGGUGCUUUCGUUGAAUUCUUGUUCUGUAAGUUUGGGCAAUGAACCGAUCCUGAACAUAGUAGCGAAGGCACUGACUAAAUCUAGUGUGAUAACUUGUAGGCAGCCAUCACUUUGAGCAACUUCCAAAUGUUCAGGCACAUCCCGAGCCCUGGGUGGACAUUGGGAUGGACUUGGGCAGGCAAAGAGACAAUAUGGUCUGUCGUGGGAGCGCAGGCGACUGAUCAAGGGGAUUGCUCGAAAUUCAUGGGAAACAUCCCUCACUCUUGUGAAAGAAGCCCUGCUAUCAUCGACUUGCUUCCAGGAGUGCCCAACAAUCGAAAGUACACUGAUUGCUGCAAGGGAGGCGUUGUUGCGUUGUGGGGUCAAGACCCGGCAGCCACGGUUUCGGCCUUUCAGGUCAGUGUCGGGCUCUCAGGUACGCCAAACACUACUGUGAAACUUCCCCAGGAUUUUUAUCUGCUCGGGCCUGGACCAAGCUAUACAUGUAGCGCUGCAACCAUCAUGCCGCCUUCAGUACUCUUCUCGGCUGACGGACGGAGAAGAAAUCGAGCCGUGAGUGAGUUAGAAGCUUUUAUUUUAUGUUUCUGGUGGUGCUCAAUUUGUUUGAGUGUCUCUAAGAUUUGGAGUCCCAAAAUGACUACUUGGUUUAGGAACUAUUUGUUUUUGACAGACUUUCCAUGUGUCUGUUGUCAUCUGCUUGAUUGAAGCUGAACAUCCUUUAAUCAUCUCCCAAUGUCUAAAGCAUUAUAUUCGUGAAUAUCAAAAGUUUCCGCUGAAUAAAUUCUUUCACUCUGAUUCGAAAGUCAUAUCCAUCUUCUGAAUUCUCUUCUAAUUGUUGUUGCAGUGUCAUGGUACGUGACUUGUACUUACUCGCAAAUGGCCUUUUCCAAGAACCCGACCUGCUGCGUUUCCUUGUCCUCUUUCUACAACUCUAUGAUCACUCCUUGUCCGUCUUGUGCUUGUGGCUAUGACGGAACAGCUUACUGCAUCAGGAGCCAGAGCAAGAUUCAGAGUGUGGUGGGAUCACAACCGUCCAUUGAAGGCCAUGCGCCUUUGCUGCAGUGCCCGAACCACGUGUCCUAUCCGGGUACAUUGGCACGUCAAGGCCAAUUAUAGAGAAUACUGGAAAGUGAAGAUCACAGUCACCAGUUUCAACUACGGGAUGAAUUAUACACAGUGGACACUCGUCACACAGCAUCCGAACUUCAACAACAUCACUCGAGUCUAUAGAUUUGACUAUAAGCCACUCGAUGCGUUUGGUUCCCUCAAUGACACCGGCAUGUUUUAUGGCAUAAAGUACUACAAUGACCUACUAAUGCAAGCAGGGCCAGAAGGAAAUGUUCAAUCGGAGAUGAUUCUUCGGAAAGACAUAAGUAGUUUUACAUGGGAUCACGGUUGGGCGUUUCCUCGAAAAGUCUACUUUAAUGGUGACGAGUGCAUGAUGCCACCUCCUGAUAAAUAUCCUUCUCUACCAAGCAUAGCACCUUCGAAUCGUUCUUUGGCUUCAGCCUUGGCUUUCUUCCUCAUCUUGGAACUGAUGCCGCUGAUACUAUGAUGUGAACGGCAGCAUAUAUACUCAUCAUCUCCAUCUACUUGCACCUGAGAUGAUUGCGAAGUCGCCUCUGCCAUAGAGAGAGGCUGGUAGCUCUGAAACGAAGAAGUGCUGUUGCUCUAAGGGAUUUUCAUGGGAAGGCAUAUGCAAGAACUGUACAGAGUAUAUGAUAUUGAGUCUACAGUCAAAAUGUGUAUAUGCUCGUGAAAUCUGUAAAAGGGUCCAGAAGUACAAUUAUGUGAGAAAGAUAAGGACUAUC